UAUAGAAAUUAGAAAGCGUGAGGAGGAUUUUGCUGGUUUUAUACGCGCCGAAUGUGUGAGAGAGAAGGGAGAGCUGGAUACAGCUAAAUGGCUAUGGUUAGAAAGUUGCCAUCUUUCCCCUUCCUACCCCACCUUCUCCAAAUGUUUAAACCCUAGUUAUCCCAAAACAACCUCCUAAUAACCCAUUAAACCCCCCCUCUCAUACACUCUCUAAUCCAAAGAGAACACCACCCUUUUUCCUCAUUCUCUUCCUCACUAAAACAUCACACUUUUUUUCAUUUCACCAAACAAAACAGUAACACCACACAGCCAUGACAGACAGGGUGUACCCAUCGGCCAAGCCCGCCGCGGUUAACGGCGCCGCCGCCAACCCAUCUUUUCCGGCGACUAAGGCUCAACUUUACGGCGCCACACGCCCCACCUACCGCCCUCAGCCCCACCACCGGCGCCGGAGCAAGCGCCGGUGCUGCUGCACCUUCUUCUUCUGGCUGAUCCUCACCGUUCUGAUCCUCCUCCUCCUGAUCGGCGUCGGCGGCACGGUGUUCUACCUCCUCUACCGCCCCCACCACCCCACCUUCACCGUGACGUCGCUGAAACUCUCUUACCUGAACCUCACCUCCUCCUCCAACACCCUUAACUCCCGCUUCGACAUCACCGUCUCCGCCACGAACCCCAACAAGAAGAUCCUCUUCGCCUACGACCCCACCUCCAUCACCAUCCUCUCCGCCGACAUCGACCUCGGCGACGGCACCGUCCCCGGCUUCCAGCACCCGAAGAAGAACACCACGCUGAUCAAAGGCUCCAUCCUCAGCUCCGGCCAGGCGCUCCAAAGCGACGAAGCCUCACGCUUGAAGUCCAGCAUGAAGAGCAAGAACGGGUUGCCACUCAAAGUGAAUUUGGAAACCAAAGUGAAGGCCAAGAUGGGAAAUUUGAAAACCCCAAAAGUCGGAAUCAGAGUCUCCUGCGACGGAAUCAGAGUCAGUCUUCCCUCCGGUAAGAAACCGGCGACGGCGUCCACUUCUAACGCCAAAUGUGACGUCGAUGUUCGGUUCAAGAUCUGGAAGUGGACCGUUUGAUCCAUGUAAUAAUGUACACCACCAUACAACAACAGCACAGAGGUGUGUACUGUGUUAAUGGUCUUAUUAAUUUGUUUUCUUCUUCUUGCCUUUGGUUUUUGUUUUUACCUUUUCCUUUUAGCUUCUUUUUAUUUUGGUAUUUGUCCAUAUUCAUAAUUAAUUACUUGAAUUGAAUGCGUGUAAAUGGCAACGAGGGUUGCCGGGGGAUUCAGUCGGUGACAGUUGUUAGCAUUUUCAAUGUAUACUAGUCUAUUUUUUUCUACAUAGUUUUGUAUUUUUCUAUUA